AUGGUGUAUGCAUUUCUCAUUCAAACACUAUCUCCUAAGGAUUGUGAUAUAUUGUUCUAUCGAUUUUACAGUUGUUACUAUGUUCAGGGUAAUAUGUCAGCUACUAAAUCAAAUGGAGAUUUAGAGAAAGAAAUAAACACAGCCUUGCGAACUAAUUGUGAUCCUGAUUCUCUCAAGAGCACAAAUCGUGCCACAAAACUUUUUGAAACAUCUGUGGAGAGAAGUGAUUUUCUGCAGUUAAUAACAAAUAAAGUUUGUAUGCAAUAUUCAAUGAAGCUAAAACAUUCACUGUUACCCCUUAAUAAUCAAGAUUCUUCUGUUCGGGGUAUGUUUAUUGAAAGGAAAUGGAAGCGAGAAUCAUCAGUAUCUGCUUCUAUUGUGUGGCAAAGUGUGGGAAAUAUGGCAUUUGUUUUAGUCUGUAAGAGGUGCGAGAACUUACUUCAAGCUCAAAAUGUAUUAGACAUAAUAACCACUCAGCUAGAGACACAUCUGCAGUUUAUAUCAAAUCCUGUAGUUCCAUUAACAAAUAUAGAAACAGUUUCAUUAAUAGUUAAUCAGUACCUUCCUUCAGGCGAAAUUAUGUUUAUGAAUAGUAAGCUGGUAAGAGCUUUUGAAAAACAACUUGAAAUAGAUUUGUAUACCCAUUAA